GUGGAUGGCUUUGGUUUUGGGAGGUUUCCCAUUUUUAGGGUUUCUCUUGUGGUGGUGGAACGAGCUUUGGUACGUUCUUCCUCUCAAAAUGCGACAGUCACCAACUGGCGCCAAGCUACCACCGGGCGUCAUGGGAUUUCCUUUCAUCGGUGAAAUGCUCACUUUCCUUUGGUAUUUCAAAGUACUUCGUCGCCCGGAUGAUUUCAUCAACGCUAAGAGGACUAAGUAUGGCGAUGGAGUAGGCAUGUAUAGAACGCACCUCUUCGGAUCACCAUCCAUCAUAACAUGCUUCCCUGCGGUCAACAAAUAUGUAUUCCAAUCUGAUGACAUAUUCACCUCAGUAUGGCCUAAUGUUGAUCUUAUGGGUCCAACUUCACUGGUAUCAGUUAGUGGAAAGUCUCAUACUAGGGUUAGAAGCUACGUCACCAAUGUAAUAAACCGGCCGGACGCUCUCCGGCGCAUUGCCCUCCUUGUUCAACCUCGCAUCAUCGCUGCACUUGAGUCGUGGGCGCAAAAGGGUAGAAUCAAAGCUUUUGAUGAAGCUAACAAGUUAUCAUUUGAGAAUAUCGGACAACUAUUCAUAAGUAUGGAUCCAGGGCCUCUCUUAGAUACCAUCGAUAACUUGUUUACUGGCUUGCUGAAAGGAGUUAGAGCUCAACCCAUCAACAUUCCCGGAUUCGCUUAUCAUCAUGCUCGUCAGUGCAGACAAAAGCUUGAUGCUAUUUUCAGGAUGGAGCUGGAAAAGAAGAAGAACCAAAGUGAAGUUUUGACAAAUGAUGUAAUGGAUGGGUUGAUGCAAAUCAAAGAUGAUGCAGGUAAUCAGUUAAGUGAGGAAGAGGUGACAGAUAACAUUGUGAGCCUUGUUAUUGCUGGAUAUGCCUCAACUUCCCUUGCAUCAAUGUGGGCUAUCUAUUUUCUUGCCAAAAACCCCGAUGUUCUCCAAAAGCUACGGGAGGAGAAUAUGAGCUUAAGUGAGAAGAAGAAAGGGGAUCUCAUUACUAGCGAUGAUAUUUCAAAAAUGAAAUACACAAACAAGGUUGUGGAAGAGACGAUAAGAAUGGCAAACCUUGCUGCGUUCAUUUUCCGUUUGGCUACUAAGGAAGCCGAGUACAAAGGUUAUAGGAUACCAAAGGGUUGGAAAGUGAUUCUUUGGAUUCGAUAUAUCCACACAAACUCGGAAAAUUUCGAUAAUCCUAUGUGUUUUAAUCCAGAUAGAUGGGAUCAACCAGCUAAACCAGGAACAUACCAAGUUUUUGGUGGCGGACCAAGAGUUUGUGCAGGAAAUAUGCUUGUUAGGAUACAACUUGCAAUCUUAUUGCAUCAUUUGUCUGUUGGAUACAAGUGGAAGUUGCUGAAUCCAGAUGUAGGGAUGGUUUAUCUUUCACAUCCGAAGCCAAUUGACAAUGUUGAUAUCACUAUUAGCAAAAUUUAA